AUGCAGUUCAACAGUUUUGAGCAACUCUGCAUCAACUUUACGAAUGAAAAACUUCAACAAUACUUCAAUCAUCAUAUGUUCGUCCUGGAACAAGAGGAAUACGAACGCGAGGGUAUUCCUUGGACUUUUAUCGAUUUCGGUAUGGACUUGCAGUCGACGAUCGAUUUAAUCGAAAAGGUACCUUACAAUAUCACCGGUUGGUUAGAAAAGAACAAGGAUCCCUUGAACGACACUGUGGUAGAUCAAUUCAAAAAAUCAGCAAACAAAUUGCUGGUUGAAAUCUUUGCCGAUCAUCCAGGACAAUCCGGUGAUGCCGGUGGCGGUGGUGGUGGCAAAGGUGGACGCGGUAAGAAGGGUGGUGGUUUCUCAACCGUAUCCUCGUCCUACAAGGAACAAUUGAACAACCUGAUGACCACCUUGAAAGCAACGCAACCCCAUUUCGUCCGUUGUAUCAUUCCUAACGAAUUGAAACAACCGGGUGUCAUCGAUUCACACUUGGUCAUGCAUCAAUUGACUUGUAACGGUGUACUUGAAGGCAUUCGUAUCUGUCGUAAAGGAUUCCCCAACAGAAUGGUCUAUCCUGAUUUCAAAUUGCGUUACAUGAUCUUAGCACCGGCUACUAUGGCAGCCCAAAAGGAACCAAAGGUUGCAGCUGCUAAAUGUCUUGAAGAAGUUGGUCUAGAUCCAGAAAGCUAUAGGAUUGGUCAUACAAAGGCUAGUUGAAUAAAACAAAACAAA